AUGGCUGCCACCGCAAAACCUCUUCAGGAUGAGCUUCCCCCAGAUACCACCGUCCUCACCGCCGGUCCCCAAAGCGGGUGCAAUGGACCACAGUUGGCUCCAUCAGCCAUCAUGACGGCCUCAGGACACACUAUCACACCCACCGAAAACGAUGCUCUCUCAGAAGAUGACGAGUCACAAUACCCUCACGGCCUCAAACUCUGGCUGGUCCUCCUAUCCCUCUGCCUCGCCAUAUUUCUCGUCGCCCUCGAUCAGACCAUUAUCGCCCCGGCCUUGGGAUCCAUCACGUCCGAGUUCGAUUCCACCCGCGACAUCGGCUGGUAUGGCGCCUCCUACCUCCUCACCAUGACCGCCCUUCAACCCCUCUACGGAACAAUCUACCGACUCUUUGACAUCAAAAUCACCUACCUGAGCGCCGUCUUUCUCUUUGAGCUGGGGAGUCUGAUCUCAGCCGUGGCACCGACUUCGACAGUGUUCAUCGUUGGCAGGGCGAUCGCAGGGUUGGGUACAGCAGGCAUAUUCAGCGGGUCGUUUUUCAUCGUUGGACUCUUGCUGCCGCUCCGGAAAAGACCGACUGCUUUCGGUGGGGUUGGUGCGCUUUGGGGGAUAUCAAGCGUGGCCGGGCCGUUGCUGGGCGGUGUUUUUGCCGAGAAGGUGACUUGGAGGUGGUGCUUCUACAUCAAUCUCCCGAUUGGAGGCGUGGCGAUGGCGGUCAUUAUUUUCUUUCUCCGGGUCAAGAAGCCUGAUUCUGGUUUGCCUGCGCAGGGGAGGAUGGAGAGGGUUUUGCAGCUGGAUCUGGUAGGCACGGCAAUCAUGCUUCCCAGCGUGAUCAUGCUGCUUUUGGCGUUGCAAUGGGGAGGGCUUGAGUAUCCGUGGAGUGAUUCGAAAGUCAUUGGCCUUCUAGUGGGGGCGAGUGUGGGAGGUGCUGUGUUUGCGGGAGUCGAGGUUUGGCAGCAGGACAAGGGGAUCAUUCCACCCCGGUUCUUCAGGAACAGAAACGUCUUUGCGGCUAUGAUGUUUGCCAUGUUCUUUGGCGCGUCAUUCUAUCCGAUGGUCUAUUAUUUGUCACUGUAUUUCCAAGCUGUUCAGGGCAACAAUGCAGUCGAGGCAGGUAUCAAGCUUCUCGCCUUCUUGAUAGCCAUGGUCGUAUCGUCUGUGCUCAGUGGUAUAAUCGUCACGGCCAUCGGAUCAUACAACAUCGUCAUGUUUGUCGAAACUGCCUUUCUCACGACUGGCGCUGCACUGAUUGCCACGUUUUGGAUCGACACCCCCUUUGCAAAGUGGUUCGGAUACCAAAUCAUCAUGGGAUUCGGAACCGGUGUCUGCUUCCAGGCACCAAUAGUCGUCGUGCAAAACUGUCUACCUCAAGAACUGAUCGCGCAAGCCACGGCAUGUGUCCAGUUCUUCCAGGCAUUCGGGGGAGCGGUAUUCAUUGCCGUGUCGCAAACUGUCUUUCAGAACGGGUUGAUGACCAACAUGCUGCGGGAUGCUCCAGGAAUUGACCCUGCAAUUAUUCUGAACAGUGGCGCAUCGCAGAUUCGACAGGUGUUGGAAAGGAUCGGGCGUCCAGAAGCUGUGGAACGGGUACUUGCGGCAUAUGUGUUGGGCCUCAGGAACACAUACUACAUCAGUGUGGCUGCUGCCGGUUGUGCGUUUCUUGUCACAUUUGUGCUUGAUUGGAAGCCGAUUAAGAAACCAGGCGUAGCGAAGAAGAAGAAGGAUGAAGAAGCGGCUGCUUCGAGUGACGGGACUUCUGCGAGCACAGACAUUGCAAAGGUUCAGGGCGGGUGA